CACUGGAGAGAAGACACAGAAACAGGACAGAGGACCCAGGCUGCAGCCAGAGGAGAAGAGCUAAGCUGCUUCCUUGCCAGACUGGCCAGCUGUAGAUACCCAGCCAGGCUUGCAGCAGAGCAGAGGGGCCUACCCAGUUCUUCUGUCCCGUUUCCCACCACCAGAGUGGGAUUUGGGGGUCUGUCCUAGGAGACAAACCAACUUCCCUUUUGGGGUGUGAAACUCUGAAGCUGAGGCCCCUGUUUAUUUGCUUCCUGGACCAAAGCCCCAGUGGUCUGCUCAGGGGCUCCAACUCUGUGGAGAUGCCGGCAGCACGUCGGUUCCCUGGCCUAGAGCUCUCCUUUCCUCUCCUGGCCAGACUGCGGAGACGUCUUUACACAAGGCUGGGCAGCAGCAGCAUGCAGCCGGAGGAGGGCACAGGCUGGCUGCUGGAGCUGUUGUCCGAGGUGCAGCUACAACAGUACUUCCUACGGCUCCGUGAUGACCUCAAUGUUACCCGCCUGUCCCACUUUGAGUAUGUCAAGAAUGAGGACCUGGAGAAGAUCGGCAUGGGCCGACCUGGCCAACGGCGGCUGUGGGAGGCUGUGAAGAGGAGGAAGGCCAUGUGCAAACGCAAGUCGUGGAUGAGCAAGGUGUUCAGCGGAAAGAGGCUAGAAGCUGAGUUCCCCCCUCAUCACUCUCAGAGCACCUUCCGGAAAACCUCGCCCACCCCAGGGGGCCCAGCAGGGGAAGGGCCUCUGCAGAGCCUCACCUGCCUUAUCGGGGAGAAGGACCUGCGCCUCUUGGAGAAGCUGGGAGAUGGCUCCUUUGGCGUGGUGCGCAGGGGCGAGUGGGAUGCUCCCUCAGGAAAGACGGUGAGUGUGGCUGUGAAGUGCCUGAAGCCCGAUGUGCUGAGCCAGCCAGAGGCCAUGGAUGACUUCAUUCGGGAGGUCAAUGCCAUGCACUCGCUGGACCACCGAAACCUCAUUCGCCUUUAUGGUGUGGUGCUCACACCACCCAUGAAGAUGGUAACAGAGCUGGCACCGCUGGGAUCGUUGUUGGACCGGCUGCGUAAGCACCAGGGCCACUUCCUCCUGGGGACUCUGAGCCGCUACGCUGUGCAGGUGGCUGAGGGCAUGGGCUACCUGGAGUCCAAGCGCUUUAUUCACCGUGACCUGGCUGCCCGCAAUCUCCUAUUGGCUACCCGAGACCUAGUCAAGAUUGGGGACUUUGGGCUGAUGCGAGCACUGCCCCAGAACGAUGACCAUUACGUCAUGCAGGAACAUCGAAAGGUGCCCUUUGCCUGGUGUGCCCCUGAGAGCCUGAAGACACGUACCUUCUCCCAUGCCAGCGACACCUGGAUGUUUGGGGUAACAUUGUGGGAGAUGUUCACCUAUGGCCAAGAGCCCUGGAUUGGCCUCAAUGGCAGUCAGAUCUUGCAUAAGAUUGAUAAGGAGGGAGAGCGGCUGCCCCGCCCCGAGGACUGCCCCCAGGACAUCUACAAUGUUAUGGUCCAGUGCUGGGCUCACAAGCCAGAGGACAGACCCACAUUUGUGGCCCUGCGAGACUUUCUACUGGAGGCCCAACCCACAGACAUGCGGGCCCUUCAGGACUUCGAGGAACCAGAUAAGCUGCACAUCCAGAUGAACGAUGUCAUCACUGUCAUUGAGGGAAGGGCUGAAAACUACUGGUGGCGUGGGCAGAACACGCGGACGCUGUGUGUGGGGCCCUUCCCUCGCAACGUGGUGACUUCCGUAGCUGGCUUGUCAGCCCAGGACAUUAGCCAGCCCUUGCAGAAUAGCUUCAUCCACACGGGGCAUGGCGACAGUGACCCCCGCCACUGCUGGGGCUUCCCCGACAGGAUCGAUGAGCUAUAUCUGGGAAACCCCAUGGACCCUCCUGACCUGUUAAGUGUGGAACUGAGCACCUCCCAACCCACUCAGCAUCUGGGAAGGGUGAAAAGGGAGCCUCCACCUCGCCCACCUCAGCCUGCCAUCUUCACUCAGAAGCUGAGGCUGGGCUUUCAUGGUGGUUGGUCUGGAGCCCUGUCCCCUCCAAGGAUGGCUCCUGUGGCCUUUGAUGGUGGGAGUCUGCCCCAUGCCUGCACUAAUGAACCAACCUAUGACCCUGUGAGUGAGGACCAAGACUCCCUGUCCAGCGACUUUAAGAGGCUAGGCCUGCGGAAGCCAGGCCUGCCCCGAGGGCUGUGGCUAGUGAAGCCCUCAGCCCGAGUGCCAGGCACCAAGUCAGGCCGCAGCAGUGGGGCUGAGGUCACCCUCAUCGACUUUGGUGAAGAGCCUGUGGUCCCGGCUCCACGGCCCUGUGCACCCUCCCUGGCACAGCUGGCCAUGGACGCCUGCUCCUUGCUGGACAAGACCCCUCCACAGAGUCCCACACGGGCACUGCCUCGACCCCUGCACCCCACGCCCGUGGUGGAUUGGGACGCACGCCCGCUGCCCCCACCCCCUGCCUAUGAUGAUGUGGCUCAGGAUGAGGAUGACUUUGAAGUCUGCUCCAUCAAUAGCACCCUAGUGGGUGCAGCGGUCUCCGCUGGGCUCUGCCAAGGCGAGACCAAUUAUGCCUUUGUGCCUGAGCAGGCACGGCUGCCCCCUCCCCUGGAGGACAACCUGUUCCUCCGCACCCAGGGAGGAAGUAAGCCACCCAGUUCCGCUCAGACCACAGAGGUCUUCCAGGCCCUGCAGCAGGAGUGCAUGCGCCAGCUGCAGGUUCCAGCUGGCCCACUGGCCCCCUCACCAGGCCCAGCUGGCGAUGACAAGCCCCAGGUGCCUCCCCGGGUACCUAUCCCCCCUCGGCCUACACGCCCACAUGCUGAGCUGUCUCCAGCCACCUCAGGCGAGGAGGAGAUGGGUCGAUGGCCUGGACCUGCCUCCCCUCCCCGGGUGCCUCCUCGGGAGCCCCUGUCCCCUCAAGGCUCGAGGACCCCCAGUCCCCUGGUGCCAUCUGGCAGCUCCCCGUUGCCACCACGGCUUUCAAGCUCACCUGGAAAGACCAUGCCUACCACUCAGAGCUUCGCCUCAGACCCCAAGUAUGCCACACCCCAGGUGAUACAGGCACCUGGCCCACGGGCUGGGCCCUGCAUCCUGCCCAUUGUUCGGGACGGCAAGAAGGUCAGCAACACCCACUACUACCUGCUGCCUGAGCGCCCGCCCUACCUGGAGCGUUACCAGCGCUUCCUGCAGGAGGCCCAGAGGCCUGUGGAGCCGGCACCCAUGCCUACACCCCUGCUGCUGCCGCCCCCCAGCACCCCAGCCCCUGCCGCCCCCACUGCCACUGUCCGACCGAUGCCCCAGGCUGCCUCAGACCCCAAAGCCAAUGUCUCCAGCAACAAUAGCAAUCCAGGGCCCCGGCCACUGGCCUUGAGGGCCACUGCUCGACUGCUGCAGAGGGGCUGCCCUGGGGAUGGGGCAGAGGCUGGGCGCCCCUCAGAUAAGAUCCAGACGCUGCAGGCCAUGGUGCAUGGGGUGACCACAGAGGAGUGCCAGGCAGCCUUGCAGAGCCACGGCUGGAGUGUGCAGAGGGCUGCUCAGUAUCUGAAGGUGGAGCAACUCUUUGGGCUGGGUCUGCGGCCAAGGGGGGAAUGCCACAAAGUGCUAGAGAUGUUCGACUGGAACCUGGAGCAAGCUGGCUGCCACCUUUUGGGCUCCUGUGGCCCUGCCCACCACAAGCGCUGAGAUACAUCUGCAGAGCCAGAGGACCUUCCCUGAAAGAAUCACUUGAGCUUGUCCAUCUGCCAACGGUGGGGAGAUGCCCCCAUCUAGGCCUGGAGGACCUGCUGCCACUUCUGCUCCCGUGGACAGAAAGAGGCUGAGGCAGCAAGAGGCUGGAGCCCUGCCUUGCCUGUCCCUCCAAUACCCAGUGUUGCCCCUGCACACUUUGGUUCAGCCCUUGGUACCCAGCCACAUUGUGGGAAGGAGCCCUAUGAAGGCAGGUCUGGGCUGCCCUGGUAGGCCCUGCACGUGACCUGCCUCUGGGCUCUAGGCCUUGGCCGGGCCUGUGGCUGGAAUUAUGCCCCCAGACCCUGCCCAGGGGACCAGACUGAGAGGAAACCAGGCUUGACCUAGGCAAGGAGGAUGUGUUUGCCACAGAGAAAGGUGGGCCAGCACCCAGCAGGCCCUCCUCAGGGCUGGGCCCUUUUCAAGGAGACCCUGGCAGGCAGUUGGGGGUAUUGGAUAGAAUGUGACUUGUGGCCUUGCUGUGGACAUGUUAUGGGAUUUGGCUGGUCUUAGAAUCUUGUGCCUGGAAAUAGCCUGAGGUGGCUCAGGAAGCAGGGAUAGGGUGCCAGACCAUUCUCUGGCAGGGACCAGGGCCCAAGGCCCCAGGGUUGGAAGGAGACCAAAGGGGCAGGUGCCCUGGAGGCAUGUCCGUGCUUCCUCUUUGACCCCAGCUCUUCCCCUGUGCCGUUCUGUGUUUUUCCACCAGCCUCUUGCCCAAGUUGCUACCCCAUCUAUCAGUACCUGCUUCUUCCAAACAAAUAAAGUUAGUUUCUAUUUUAUGUUA